AUGAGUGAAGCUCAAGUAAAUCCGGAAGUGGAUAACUAAUCUGUAAUAUCAGAUGACAGCAACAAUGAAGAUGUCGACGUAUUUGGUCAAGAUUAAGAAAUGUAUUGAAAAAUUAUGAAUUCAGUGAUAAGUUUCCCCUCUUAACGAGUAUUUUGGAUAGUAGUUGGUUUCAAAUAUUAGUAAAUCUGUUAACUAUAUAUGCUCUAUUUGGCGAUGAUAUUAGAAUAAUUGCCUUUGAUAAGAGGGCUGAUGAUGGAUUUGAUGUAAUCACCAUAAUAUGCAUGGUAAAAUCCUCAAAUAUAGUAGAUAAUAUUUUCAAUAGAAAUCAUCAUUGCAAGCUUGGUUAGAACUGACUAUUUUAAUUCAUUCUUUUUUUGGCUUGAUAUAAUAUCAACAGUUUCUUAAAUUUUGGAUAUAACCUCGUUCAAUAUUGCAGUUGGUUUAUAGUAACUAAUUUUAAGCUUAAAUAUAUUUUAGAGGUUCUGUUGCUGCAAAAUCCGCCUCUUAAUUGUCCCAAGCAAAUAAAGCAUCUAAAACAAGUUCGAAAGCAAUUCGAGUAGUUCGACUUGUUAGACUAAUUAGAAUAGUUAAGUUGUACAAGGCAGCAAGCUAUUCAUAAGAAUAAGCCUUUAAAAGACAGCCAAUCCGAACUCAGACUACGAAAAAAAGCAAAGCUACAAUUUACCCCUCAGUUUACGAAAAUAUAAACAAUGGGCCAGUUGAACAGGAGAAUCUAAAUAAAAAAGAGAAUAAUACUGAAUAAAGGGGUAGUAUUGAGAGUCAUAAAUUAGAAGGUGAAGAUAAUGCGAAUAGUUAAGAAAAUCGAGAAAAUUAAAAUAUGGUUGCAAAAUAACAAUAAAUUGACAAUUAGAUUCCAAAGGUCUAAUAAACUCGUAGACAGUCAAUGAAAGAACCAUCUUAAGUCAAAGCGAAAGAAAAAAAAGAAUCCAGAGUGAGCAAAAGGUUGUCAGAUUCCACAACGAAGAAAGUCAUCAUCCUUGUCAUUAUAUUACUCUUAAUAAUGCCUUUAUUUAGUUCUGAUUACUAUUUUGAGCCAUCCUAUAGUUUAGCAUAUGCGGCUGAGUAUGUUAGAGUGGUGGCUGAGAUUCCAAAUACAAAACUAAGUGAGAUCAAUUAGACUAUAUAUUUUGUGAUUGAUUAGCAUAAAUCCUUUGACACACCUGUAGGAUACAUUACCAAUCCAUUUACUGAGAUAGAGAAUUACGAAACUCCUUCUUAUCAGUAUCUAAGAGAAAGUUCGAAAAGCUAUUAUUUUGAAUUGGUAGAUCCUGUAUUGGUGGGAUUGGAUUACAUCGGCGAUCCUGUCAUUCUUUUUGUCUCCGACAAUUCUGAUGUUGAGUCUAAGAAUUCAAUUAUCAAUAUUGUUAAUACAUUAUUUGUGAGUGCUGUAUUGUUAUUUGGAGCUAUUGCGUUUUCGAAUGAUGCCAAUAAUGUUGCAUUGAAACCAAUAGAUAGGAUGAUAGUGAAAGUCAAUUUAAUAGCUAAGAAUCCUUAAUUGGCCAAGGAGAUGAAAUUAGAAUCUGAAGGAACCCAAAAGGAAACCACUUAGAUUGAGAAUGCUAUCAUCAAAAUAGGUGCCUUGUUGGCAUUGGGAUUUGGCGAUGCAGGAUCUGCCAUUAUAGGAACCAAUAUGGCAUCAUCAGGAGAUGUGGAUCCUAUGUUGCCAGGUAAACGUAAAUGGGCAAUUUAUGGAUUUUGUGAUAUUCGUAAUUUCACUGAUGCCACUGAAGUCUUGCAAAAAGAUGUGAUGUUGUUUGUAAAUAAUAUAGCUGAGAUUGUUCAUUCGAUGGUGGAUCGUUAUCAAGGGUCAGCUAAUAAAAACAUAGGAGAUGCAUUCUUAUUAGUUUGGAAAAUCAAUGAUUCUCAGUGGUAUGAGGACGGAAAUGAAAUCAAAUGGUAUUAAAUCACAAUAUUAUUUUAAGGUCCAAUUUGGUGUUCAUAAAUUAAUUGGCUGAUUGUGCUCUAAUUGCUUUCAUGAAGAUUUAUGCUAAGAUCAAUAGAGAACCCAAAAUAUUGGAAUAUCGGAAUGAUGAGAGAUUAAGUCAGCGUUUGCCAGGAUAUAAAGUAAAAAUGGGCUUCGGAUUGCAUAUAGGAUGGGGCAUAGAAGGUGCUAUAGGAUCAGAAUUCAAGAUCGAUGCAUCAUAUUUGAGUCCAAAUGUCAACAUGGCUUCUCGUUUAGAAGCUGCCACCAAACAAUACGGUGUUGCUGUCUUAAUCUCAAGUGAAUUGCACCAAUACUUCUCUAAUGAAGUUAAGAAAUACACCAGAUAGAUUGAUAAAGUUACCGUUAAGGGAAGUGUCAAACCGAUUGGAUUGUUCACUGUGGAGAUGGAGGCUGAUGAUCUGCCUCCUAGUAAAUAGGAUUAUCCUUAAGAAGAGAAGUAAUAAGUGAUGUAUGAGAAAAAGCAAAUCUUUCUUUAAUAACUAGAAUCUGGGGAUUUUAAUGCAGAAUUGUAUAUGAAAAGAAACAAGGACCUUGCGCUUAUAACGAAGAAUAUCAAUCAAGAAUUCUUGGUAAUCUUGUUGUCUCAUUAUGUUAGCAUCAAUUCGGCUAAGGGUUUUAAGGCUAUCUAUUGGGAAAUUGGAAAGAGGCCCACAUGUUGUUUGAAAAAGCAAAGUAAAUCAGACCCAAUGAUGGUCCCAUAAGUACUCUAUUUAAUGUAAUGGGGGAAACAAAUUUCAAAGCUCCUUCAGAUUGGAAAGGCUAUAGAGAGUUAACGGAAAAAUGA